UCUAAUGUAGCAUACUGCUUGAUAAACAGGUGAAGAAAUUAUAUAGCUAUGGGUAAAGUAACAGGAUGGUUGCUAUUGUUGAUAGGUAUAGUUUGCAUUUUUAGUUCUACAGUGACAGCAACUUUCAACGUUUCUCAUCCAUGCAACAGACCUUUAGCCAGUACGUUUUCGUCAAACUUGACAGAAGAGAUAAAAGUCAACUGUACAAAUGGUACCAUGCCAUGGAAUGUGCCUAUGAGGUAUCUUGAAACAAGGUUUCAACCAAUAAACAUCGAAGAGGAGCAUUGUCUUUGCAUCGAAAGAAUUUCAAGCACAACCAUUGAUAUUAUAGAGAACGAUGAUGGUGAAUUAACUUGGCUACCGCUUCCUAAACCAGGUAAGCCGAGCUGUUCUAAGCCUAAAUUUGGAAACAUCACAAUGGCGUUUAAGGGUCCACAUUUCCCUACAUCGUUUGCCGUAUUUAUAUCAUUUAAGUUAGUUAAGCUGUCGAAACAAGAAAAGGAAUAAGAGACAGUAACCAAUGUUUCAGAGUUAAUAAAAAAAAAUCUAUCUUUUUUUUAAUCAUUGUAUAUUUUCAAAAACGAAAUUUUUGAUUGAAUAUUUGAAGCCAUUUAAUUAGUAUAUGCUUGAUAAUAAUGUUUUAUUUCGUGU